AUGACAUACACACUUUACAUCGGCAACAAGCGUUACUCCUCUUGGUCAAUGCGACCAUGGGUCAUCCUCCAAUCCUUCGCCAUUCCCUUUGAAGAAAAGCUCAACCUCUUCAAACCCGGUCUUCGCCAACCCGACUUCCUCGAAUUUUCCCCCUCUGGAAAAGUCCCCUGUCUUCACGACUCCGAAAACUCAAUUGUCGUGUGGGACUCGCUCGCCAUCUGCGAGUACAUGGCCGAGAAGCAUCCCGAGAUGUGGCCAGCUGACGUCGCCGCACGCGCCUUUGCACGAAGUGCUGCUGCUGAGAUGCAUUCGGGUUUCCCUGCUAUUCGCGACGAGUGCUCCAUGAACGUCGGUCUCCGGAUUGAGCUGGGUGAACCGAGUGAAGCACUUCAAAGAGACAUUGACCGCCUCAAUGAGCUAUUCAAGCAAGGAUUGGAAAGAUUUGGUGGACCGUGGCUUGCUGGCAAGUUCAGUAUCGCGGAUGCCAUGUAUGCGCCAAUUGCAUCUCGUCUCAAGACUUACGGUAUUGUGUUGGAUGGUGCGGCGAAGGAGUAUGCUGAUAGCUUGUUUUGGCAACCUGCCGUCCAGGAUUGGAUUAAGGAAGGGAUUAAGGAAACAAGCAGAGAGCCUUUCCACGAGAAGGAUUGUUUGAGAGGACGCAGGAUGUUGAAAGACCUGACCAAGGAGGAGUGA